AGCUCUCGCCGGAUCUUCUCCUCUCCUUAAAAUAUUAAAAUUAACAAAAACAUUAACCAGCUAACAUUUUGGCCUUUUGGGGAGAUUGCGAAAACUUAACGAGGUAGUUUCCCGACCAAUCACAAGCCAAUUUGUCAUAAAUCAAACGUGGCAGUGCUCAGUGCUCUCCACGUGUCCAUUACAAGGUGGAGAAAGAAGUGGGUAAUAAACUAAUAAUACAAUAACGUAAUCUACGGCAGAGCGGCGAAUCCACCACCACGAGACGAGACGAGACCUUCUCCUCCUUUCGCCAGACUGUUCGAUGUUCUGUCUCCCCCUUCUGAUUCUGUUCCAGCUUCUCUGACUCUGAGAAGAGUCAUCGAUCGAAUUUCAUUUCACCCUGGUGUCAGAGUUCAUACAGAGAGAAACCUCCAGAAAGUAGAGAGAGAGAGAGAGAGAGAGAAUCCGAGCUGGGGAAAAUGCCGCCAUAAAGAGAAUAUAAUUCUUCUUUUCAAAAACCCUAGAAUUCCAACACUUUCCUCCCUUUCCUUGUUGUGCUUGCUUUCCCCCCCUUCUCGCUUUCGGUCUCCCUUUUUCGGGGGGGUUCACUUGUAAAACUAUUUCUUGGUGGUGGGUUUUCGUUUUGUUGAUCGAUCUGCAUUUCGGGUUAUAAAGUUGAGAUCGAUUACCCCACAAGGCCCUCAGUCGUCGUUGCUUUUUGUUAGGUGACUUCUCAUUGUGAAGCUUUUGUUAGUUGAAUCGUAAUCGCGAGUUCCUGCCGUUCUUUCUCUGUUUGGGCGUUCAAUUUUGCAACUUUAUGAUCAGAUUCAUUCUGGGUUUCUCUCCGAUUUCCCAUUUUCUUACUGAAUUACGCUCAAUUUGCAGGCAAGGUCAAAGUUCGCGAUUCUCCGAUUGAAUCAUCAAUCGUCUUCCCGGGGGUUCUGCAGCUGUGUGAAUUAUUCCCUUCUGAUGUUUGAUUUCCAAGUUCUGAAUAAAAACCCUGUAAAAUUUUCAGCUGGGCAAUUGUUCCUGUACUCCAUUCCUUCUGUUUUCCUUCCAUCACAUGUUGUAUACUUUAUAUGUUGUCUAUACUGUCUUAGAUUCCGUUUAAAAAUUUGAUCUUUUUUCUUCAGCAACCUUUUCUUUGAGUGGAAACGGUUGUCCUCGGUUCUUCUCAGUUCAUUUUGGGUUGGAACUGUUGAGUAUUCAGUUGGGGGGAGUUCGAUAGAUAUGGCGGAUAGGUAUAGAUCGGCUUCGCUGGAGGACCUACCUUCGCACUUGAUUCUUGAGAUAUUGACUACUGGAAGGCUUAGUGCCGCUGAUCUUGUUCAUUUAGAACUGACCUCUAGCAUAUUUGGAGGAGGACAUGGGUUGUACCCUCAGAAAUUCAGGUCCUUGGUGGAUUUCGUGGCCUUUCAGCUCUGUUUUUCGAGUAGUGUUUACAAAGGAAUGGGAUGGAAUUCUCAGAAACAGUUGUUUGAUCGCUGUGGUGGGAACUGGAAGCGGCUCUUGAGGUUCCUGCAGGCUGUGGAAGAAUCUUCGGGCAUGGUCGAGACUUCUGCAGGCAAUAUGCAGAUUACAACAGGGAUGUAUCACACAUUGUUGAUCAGCAAUUCGUCCAUUUAUUCUUGUGGUUCCAGUUUGACUGGUGUUCUUGGACAUGGACCUGAAACAACACAAUGUGUUGCAUUCACUCAAAUUAGUUUACCACCAUUGGCACAUGUCGUCCAAGUCUCAGCCUCCCAUAAUCAUGCUGCUUUUGUACUGAAUACUGGAGAGGUUUUCACUUGUGGAGGCAAUUCGUCAUUUUCUUGUGGUCAUCGGGAUACCAGCCGCCCCAUAUUUAGGCCUAGACUUGUGGAUGCAAUGAAGGGAGUUCCUUGCAAGCAGGUUGCCACGGGACUCAACUCUACAGUAUUCCUUUCUAGACAGGGCAAGGUUUACACCUGUGGAGCUAACACAUAUGGGCAACUUGGUCACGGUGACACAAUAGAUCGACCGACACCAUCAAUUGUUCAAUUGCUGGAGACAACUGGCUCCGUGGUUCAAGUUGCUGCUGGUCCCGGUUAUGUUCUAUCUGUGACAGACAAUGGAGUAGUUUACUCUUUUGGUUCUGGUUCUAACUUUUGCCUGGGCCAUGGAGAACAGCAUAAUGAGUUGCUGCCACGUGCAAUCCAGACGUUUCAGAGGAAGGGUAUUCAUGUGGUUCGUGUGUCUGCCGGGGAUGAACAUGCUGUGGCACUCGACUCAAAUGGAUUUGUAUACACUUGGGGUAAGGGCUAUUGUGGAGCACUAGGCCAUGGAGAUGAGAGUGAUAAGACCCUUCCAGUAAUAUUGAACAGUCUUAAGAACCACCUAGCUGUUCAGGUGUGCGCGAGAAAGAGGAAAACGUUUGUUCUGGUGGAUAAUGGUUCCGUUUACGGUUUUGGUUGGAUGGGGUUUGGCAGUUUGGGGUUUCCAGAUAGAGGACCAUCUGAUAAAGGGACGAAACCCAGGGUUUUGGACAGCUUAAGGGCUCAUCGUGUAUCUCAGAUAAGCACAGGCCUGUACCACACCAUUGCAAUCACUGACAAGGGCCGCAUAUUUGGCUUUGGAGACAACGAAAGAGCACAGCUCGGACACGACUCACUGAGAGGAUGCCUGGAGCCCAUGGAGAUCUUCGUUGAAGAUGUGGCAGCAGAUGAAAAUGAUGCAGCACAACAGUGAAACAUGAACGAAGGACAAAAAAAGAGGCCGCUUUCCAGCCUGAAUCUUUAAUUAAUGCUAGUGUAACCGAAGAACAAGCUGAAGUAAUGAGUUGAUGUUGUUGUAGACUUGCAGUAGAAACUGAAUAUGAUUAUUUGACCAAUCAAUGGUGUGAGCUUUUCAAUUGUUGCUCAAGUACUAUGAGUGUCUUUGCGGUCCCUGAAAUCGUAUAUCAGGGUUAGCUUUGGCCCCUCUUUACAUAAUUGUGUCGGCGGUAGAUUUUCAUUUUUCAUAUCCUGAUCCUGGAGUCCCCUCGCGGUCCCGGAGACGAUACAGGCCACCGGGAUUGUUAGGCGCAAGUGGUGGCCGGAGCAGUGGACAGCCAGAAACUGGUUUCUUCGGUAAUGCAAUGCCAAGAUGUCUCCCCUGUUCAUUAAAGCUUGAAUCUUAAC